GGCAAAUAGUCAUUCUUACUCGUAAAAAAUGAAAAUUGCUGAUAUGCUUAAUCCAACUGUUGUCGUUGGCCAACUUUCUUCUCCACCUCCUUCACCACGACGGCGACAGCAGCAUCACGUCAACCAUACUCCUCAUCAACAUCACCACCAGCCCCAAGCGAUGGAUUAUUUCUCAUCAUCGCCCUCUUCAUCACUAUCAUCCUCACCCACCGUAACGAGAGCAUCCAAUCAUAUGUUGAGUGCCACAUCCAGUAUCAGUUCAAUUGCUUCUACAAUAAGCAGUAACAGCACGCCUACUGCCACCAUCACCACCAACACCACCAACACAACUACCGCUACCACCACAAGUGCGCCUACGGGUAACAGCCACAAUGGAAAACCUCGUAGUCGUUUUUCUGAUUUUGAAGAUGCGAUUAUAUGUGAUGGUGUACGAAAAGGGCUAACUUGGGGACAAAUUUCAGGAAAACUACCCCAUCGUAAACGCGCCACUUGUUUUAAUCGAUAUCGUACACUUCAAGGGAUUCGUAAAUCACGUAGUAACAGCAAUAGCAGCAGUCAUGGUGGUCAUGGUGCUGGUAGUGGUGGUGGCAGUAACAGCAGUAACAACACGAACAACGGUAUCCACAAAUCGAGUCGUUCUUCAAGUAAUGAAAGCUUGGCUACCAUGGUCAGCAACCAUAGCAAUACCAGUAGCAGUAAUAGCCACAAUCAUUCGUUCAAAAGAGAAUCCAGUAUGAUGAGAUCACCACCUGUCACUCCUCCUGCUCUCACCAAAAAAACAGCAGCAACAACAACAACAACAACAACAACAACAUCUGCAACAAUGGCUACUAUUACUUCUGGUGCUACUACAACAACACCUCCUUCCAAAUCCUGGACACCUACAACGCCUCCUACAAGAAUAAGUGAUGCUCGACGUCACCAUCAUCCUUAUCAACAUCCGCAUCAUCAUCUUUCUUCGUGUCAUUCCGAAAACAGAGAGUAUCCUACAUUAGUGGCACCUUUACCAACAAGGUUAUCAUUACACUAUAACUAUAUUGAACACAACAGUAGCAGUAACAGUAGUAGUAAUGGCUCUCAUUAACAAUGGUUGUUUUCUUUAUUUUAUUUUUCAUUUACAUGUUUAUUGAAAUUGAAACAAUUCUCUGACAAACAAGCGAAUGAAAGCCAUCCCAUACAAGAUACCACCCUAUAGCCAAUUCCUUUUCCAUUUAUUAAGUCCCUAUACUACGUAAUUCAUAAUUCACUUAACAACGAAUAGCUUUUUUUUUUUUUUUU